AAUUACAGUAUCUAUGCACUGUAUAAAAGAUCUGGCUUUGGUCGAGCCAGACCUCAUAUUUGCACUAGGCCUUAUAAAUAUAUAUAGAUCAGAGUAGAAUUUUCAGUGAUGCCUCUCUUCGGAAAGAAAAAAAGCUCAACAGUUAAGAGUAGCUCUGGAGCUGGAUACCCCAAGCAACCAGCUUACCCGACUCAGCAACCAGCUUACCCAACUCAGCAACCAGCGUACCCAACACAAGGUUACCCUCCACAGUAUGGAGGCCCCCCACCACCCUAUGUGCAACAGCCCCAACCGACUACAUUAUAUGUCGCCCCAGAUGUGGCUGCUCCAGUGUCGUCAGUUUACCAGCCACCAGCAGUGCAAGGGCAACAAGUUUCUGGGGUCUAUGAACAGGGAGCCAGAUUUAACCUAAACAAACCGACCAGUAUCCCGCCUCCCCCACCUGGAGUUGCUCCCACCGCUGCUCAGUCAGCAGCUGCUCAGGGUCAGUCCGUUGUCAUGACACAACAAAAGAAAGACGUAUGGGGACUCGGUUCUGAUGGAGGUGCCACAUUCUUUUAAGUUUCAGUCAUUAUGUUUUGGUGUGGUUUUCAUCCACAUAAUUUUGUAAUGAACAAGUAGAUCAGACGAACAAAUUACUUUUAUUCAAGACAUUGUAAUUGUGUUUAUAUAAGAUCUUCAUUGUAUGUUUUAUGUUCAGAAAAA